CGAAAAAACCGAGCCGAAAAACUAAUUACCAUGAACACCGCCGUAUCUCAAGCUUGUGCUGCAUGUAAAUUUCAACGUAGAAAAUGUACACCUGAUUGCCUUCUCGCUCCUCAUUUCCCUUCUAAUCGCCAACAAGAUUUUCUAAACGCACAUAAACUCUUUGGUGUCAAAAACAUUUUGAAAACCCUAAAAGAUCUCAAUUCUUUCGAAAUCAGAAAAGCCGCCGCCAGGUCUAUCAUUUUUCACUCCAAUGCUCGCGCUAGUGAUCCUGUUGGCGGCUGUUAUCGUAUCAUUUCCAAUUUGAAAACUCAAAUUCUCUAUCUUCAACAGGAACUCAAUCUCGUUAAGCAGCAAAUUGCAUUUCACCAGCAGCUGUCAAAUCCUCCACCCCCUACUCCGCCACCGUUGAAUGUUUAUGACCCGGCGCUCGCAGUUCAGUCUAUGCACGACUCUGACGUGUAUGAUGCUAGUGAUACUGAUACAAAGAUUGAAUCGGAAGUAUUAUCAUCGUUUGAUUUGAGUGGACAUUUAUCGGUGGAUGCUAAAGCGCAACCGUUUGCGGUGGAUGUAAGUGAAGACGUUAAGCCAUUUGUUCAUGGCUUUGACGAAAGGGAUAAUACAGUCUUUUUGGACUCAUCCAAGGAAGUAACUAUUAACCGCAGUGAAAAAAUGGUGGAGCCUAAAGGAAAUGACAAACCGAUCCAAGAUGACCAACAAGAGCACAACAUACAGAACGCUUCUGAAGUGCAAUCUACGAGAACAAAUGGUCUGUUAAGGUACAAGCCAUGGUGAUGGAGAAUUUUGAAAAACCAUUGGAGCUAAAUUAGGUUGCAUUGAAUGGUUGAAGAUUGGUGAUAGAACUAUUUGCUCGUACGAAGCAGAGGAGCUGCCAAACAAAUGCUAACCAUGUGAAAGAUUUUAAUGGACAAACCCCUGAACUGAAGGGCACUUGGACUCCAAUGCCAGCAAUUUGGACCACCUAAUUACUUAGAAGAAAAAAAAAACCAUGUGAUUGUGUGGCCUCCAUUUUAGCUUGUUUGCAAAUCAGAGUCAAAAUUCAAUUGGCUCUAAGGUCUCCUCAUGUCAGCUUCUGGUUUUGUCCACAGCUCAUGGGUGAUGAUUCAUAUCCCCCUGCAAAUACUAUACCUAAUCCAUAUCCAUAUUUUAGGAAAUCAAUGGCGGGAAACAACACUUAUAAGACAUAAAUAUGUAUUUAGUUAUUAUUUUUUUUUUAUUUUUUAAAUGUUUGUCUCAUCACCACCGAGCAAAUAAACACAUAUAGCUGACUUCCCAUUGUACGUAGUACAUUAGAUUUAGAUUUUUCUCUUUUUCCUUUGUUUUUUUCUUUCUUUGUGGACAUAAUAAUAAUUAAUUAUAUUACGUUAGA